CGUCUUUGCGCUAGAGCUGCAAACUCCUGGGUCCACAGUCCUCUCUUAUCCUUCGCCUUCCUCCACCUUUACCAGAGCCAUCAUGUCGUUUGCUCGUCCUGCCACUGUGCUGGGUGCAAUGGAAAUGGGGGGCCGCAUGGAUCAGACCUCCAGCGCCUCUUCGGUGCAAGCCUUCCUGAAGCGUGGCCACACCGAGAUCGACACAGCCUUUAUGUAUACGGAAGGCCGGUCUGAGACAAUCCUGGGCAGCCUGGGGCUCGGGCUGGGUCGCAGUGACUGCAAAGUGAAAAUUGCAACCAAGGCUUGUCCAAUGUUUGGGAAGACAUUGAAGCCUGAUGAUGUCCGGUUCCAGCUGGAGACGUCACUAAAGCGGCUGCAAUGUCCCCGGGUGGACCUCUUCUACCUACACAUGCCAGACCACAACACCCCUAUAGAGGAGACGCUGCAGGUCUGCCACCAGCUGCAUCAGGAGGGCAAGUUUGUGGAGCUUGGCCUGUCCAACUAUGCCUCCUGGGAAGUGGCUGAGAUCUGUACCCUCUGCAAGAAAAAUGGCUGGAUCGUGCCAACUGUGUACCAGGGCAUGUACAAUGCCACCACCCGGCAGGUGGAGAAGGAGCUCUUCCCCUGUCUCAGACACUUUGGAUUGAGAUUCUAUGCCUUCAAUCCUUUGGCUGGUGGUCUGCUGACUGGCAGAUAUAAAUACCAGGACAAGGACAAAAAGCAGCCUGAGAGCCGCUUCUUUGGGAUUCAGUUUGCUCAUGUUACCUUUAACCGGUACUGGAAGGAGGAACACUUCAAGGGCAUCGCUCUGGUGGAAAAGGCUCUGAAAUCCAGCUAUGGCGCCAGCACCCCCAGUAUGACCUCGGCCGCCCUGCGGUGGAUGUACCAUCACUCACAGCUCAAGGGCGCCCAUGGGGAUGCAGUCAUUCUGGGCAUGUCCAGUCUGGAGCAAUUGGAGCAGAACUUGGCCUUUGUUGAAGAAGGGCCCCUGGAGCCGGCUGUCGUGGAGGCCUUUGACCAAGCCUGGGACCUGAUUGCUCAUGACUGCCCCAACUACUUCCGCUAGGCUGGUUCUGACUUGAGGAGGUGUAGAGGUCACUGCCUGUCAGGCUGUGUUCUAGCCUGGCUAGUCUGGGCUGUGAGCCAAGUCAGCUGCUCUUUCCCUCCUCAUCCAGAUCUCCUCCUGUUGAAUAAAACCUGUCAGGGCUGUAGCUCAGGCUGCAGCAGACCUGGUGGCCUUAUUCU